AUGUUGUCGACCCUUCUCAACCCGCUACCAUACCACAUCCUCGCCUAUGGGACAUUUCUAGGCAGUCAACUCUACCAGUCCUUCGUCAACACAAAAAUCUGCUACCGCUCCCUUUCCCCUCAAAGCUUCAAUAACCUCAACAAACGCCUGUUCCCGGUCUACUUCCGCUGUCAGCUUGGCCUAGCGAUACUUACUUUUGUCACGCGGCCGUCGAAAGCAUGGCUACAGCUACCGGCUGCGAAUGAUGUUGGGAACUUAUUGUUGGCAUUGGCGACGAUAAUGGCCGGGUUGAAUUGGUAUGUGUAUGGGCCGAGGACCAGUGAGGCGAUGGUUGAGAAGGCGAGGGUGAUUCAAGAGGCCCAAGAUGAGAAAGACGGGAAUCAUGUCGGUCUUGACAGCAAUAAAAGCACAGAAGAGAAAAAGACACUCGUGACCAAAGUGAAAAAGAUUUUCUCUAGAAACCAUGCCAUGUCGAUUCAUAUCAAUCUGAUUGCCGUAAUCGCUACCGUGGGGUAUGGAUUCGUGCUGGGUGGACGACUGCAACUGCAGUGA